AUGCUAAAAUUGUUACUUCUUUUUGUAGAGAGUCUAGUGGAGAAUAUAGCCAACUAUGUGCCAAAAUAUCAUAAUCAAAUAAAUUCAUUGAAAAGUAAAGAUUAUGUUAUUGUUGGAUAUGCCAGAAAAUCCCCGGGUCAAGAAGACAGGCAAAAAAGAAUUAACAUACUGAACCGUAUGGUGCAGUGUUUAGUAGAAAGGUCAAUGUGUGAUAAGAUCUUUGUCUCAUCUUCAUGUUUGGCGUCGGACAGUCUUGCUUCAAGAGAUAUUGAUAAUGAGAACGAUGUAUUGGCUGACUUGACGAGGGUUGAUGGAAAUACGCAAAGCAUGAUUUCUUACAUUAGUGCUUCGGAACAGGAUAUCUGUCUCGUAGCUGUGGAUUUUGUAGGACUGUUAACAAAUACGAAUGAUUUAUACUCUUUCAUUAGUAAAUAUGAAAAAUUAAAAACAAUAAUAAUUGACAGCUUGCCUGUCAAUCAUAAAGUACAUGUUUUUCAACGAGAAGCGGUUCUAAACAAUCUGUCAAGCUUAACCCCAUUUGAUUGUAGAUCAAAGUGUAUACAAAGAUCCAAGAUAAUUUGA